CUUUUCCGUUCCAAGUGCGCGAAGCUUAAACUUCGCUCACAGUUGACACUGGACUGACACUGCUUUGUCAACAAUAAAAACAAACAGCUUUGUGAUAUUAUUAUUUUGUACUAUAGAAUUAAUCUUAUUAUUAUUUUUAUUGAGUACCAUGGCAAAUGAGAGCGAAAUUGUGGUCAUAUCGACCUCUUCUAGGGUGUCGGACGCAUCUCCGUCGCUAACAGUGCGUCAGCGGUGGCGCAACGUACCCUUGCACGAGCGCUGCUCUAUGGCCGAUAUGAUAGUACUCAAGAACGCUUUCCAAGAGGCUUUCCUGCACAAAUUGCUACCGAAUCAAUUCAGGGAGCUUUUGAGGACCCAGUUUAACUUAGAAUACGAUGAUGAAGAGUUCAAUAUAUUGUUUCUGAAGAUAAACACGAACCGUAACGGCGAGAUGGAAUGGGACGAGCUAGUAUCGCACCUGCUGCUGGGUUACUUCACCAACGACCCUGAGAACCAGCGCGCGUCGCUGCAGCUCGCUAUCAUGGGGCGACCCACCAUCAUGCGCUCGCAGCACCGCCAUCCCAUAUCCAAGAUAUGCUUCUGUCCUGAUGUUGCAAAGGAUCGCAGCACGACUCCAAUGCAGGGCGGAUACAUUACCGCGAGCCGCGACGGGCAACUCAACUGGUGGACGCUGGACAUGACGAUGCUUCGCACCGCUUAUUCAUCCAGCCCUGUCCUGAAAGUGCGCACUACAUGGGUGACGGACUGCGUGUGCCUUCCCGACGUGAACAUGCUGGUGACUAGCUCAACGGAGCGUGAUCUGCGCUUCUACGACAUCACGGCCAAGACCUUCACACUCAAAAUCGUCAUCACCAGCUGGGAGUACAUGAUAUGCACGAUGUACUACUACUUCCAAAAGGACAUAAACGAGAAUUGCAUCCUGAUUCUCGGAGACGUUGGUGGAUAUGUGCGAGUUCUGCAGUUCUCUCCAAUCGAGCGUGGACCUUUCCGGAAUGAAGCUGGAAAACCGUUGCAGACCGUGCGACAUAUUGAUCUACAACGGAAGCGCGCGCUACCAGAACUGCGCUUGAUUGAAAAAGCUCGGGUCCAUACAGAUUGGGUGCGACAAGUUUCAUACUACUCGCCGCUGCACUGUCUCAUGUCCUGUGCCACGUGCCCCGACGCACUGCUUAUGUGUGACCUGCAGGGCUCCAAGACACACAACAUGUUCCAUGUCGAUAAGGGUAUCCAAUGCUUCGCGUUUGACGAGGAAGCCCAUGUACUAGUGACAGGCGGGCCAGACUGCACGGUGCGCGUGUGGAGCCCCUUCGUUCCUGCCGCACCUAACUUGGUUCUCCAGGGUCACCAUGCGGGCAUCGUUGCCCUCGUGGUGCAGAACGGUGGGCAGACCAUCUAUUCGCUGGCGAGAGACAGGGUUAUCAAGGUCUGGGAUGUUCAAGGGCAAAAUUGUGUUCAGACAUAUAUAGACGUGCCGUCUGAAAUCGGCGAGCGUACCCCGAUCUCAGCCGUCUACAAUCCAGCUACGCGAGAGUUUAUUCUGGCAGCCAUCAAGAUUGCAGUUCUGGUAUUGGAUGAACAACUAAAUACCAACCAUACGGAUGGCUUUACGCAUUCGAGAGCGAUUGCGAAGGUGCUCUACAACCCGCUCUUUAAAGUGGUAAUCACUUGUGGGUUGGACAGCAUCAUUAUCAACUGGAACCCGCUAACUGGGAAACGCAACGUGAUGGUGAGGGAUGCACAUACCCGGCUACUGCAUGGCGAGCAGAUCCCUGUGGAGAUCACUGCCGCCUGCUUCGACCCCGGUUACCAGCUGCUGUGUACCGGCGCUAGAGAUGGUUCGCUUAAGACUUGGAAUUUUAACACUGGAUUGUGUCUGAGAACCUUGACGAUUGAGUACAUGUGCGAAGUUACCGGCGUGUUCUGGGUUGAAGGACGCAUUAUGGCAAUUGGGUGGAAUCGACACGUGACAGAGUUUGAGGACACUGGCACAGCCACAACGGGAAAGUCUUGGGAGACGCGGCACAGUGAGGAUGUCCUGGCCGCGGCGGCGCGUAUGCCGUUAUCACUUGCUACCAGCUCCUAUAACUCCGAGAUGAUACUAUGGAAGUUGGAGACUGGUCAGCCCUACAGAAUGUUCUCGUGUACGGAGCCCAUGCUGCGCAUCAAGAUGCAAUUCAACAAGCGCGAUUUAAGCCGCGCUGCUAGUCCCGGCGGCACGGGUGCAAAACGGCAUUCAUCGUCCGCGCACAGGCCCAGCAGUAUGAGUGGACGCGGCGUGGACACGGCAGCAGCGGUGCAGAAGGCGCGCGCGCGCCGCGUGUCUACCGUCUCGCUCCCGCAGCGGGCGCAGGCUAUGCGUCAUCUCGGCGUGCAUGCCAUGGUCUUCCUCGAGACUCGGCCUAUGCACAUGCGCGUUGCAUCACUGAUGUUGUCCCUCGAAAACGGUAUGGUGCAAGCUUGGUCAGACCACUCAGCCGGCGGGUUCCAGGGAUCUUUCCAAGCCGUGCACACAGCUGGUGACUACGUCUCUGCGUUGGCCACUGACGCGCAAAACAACUACCUCUUCACUGGCACUACUGUGGGAUACAUUAAGACAUGGCUUAUGACGAAUUAUCUUGUCAAUAAGGAGGUACACGUCAACAUGCCAGCUCUCCGCCUCGAGUUUCCGUUUCUGUGGCGUGACCGCGUCGAGGGUCGCGCCAAGCGUUGUGUGCGCGAUCAGCCUCUGCCCUUGCUGCUGAACAGCUACAAAGGUCACGUGCGUUGCGUCACUACCCUCGCCUAUAUCGACGAGUACAAGCUAUUGCUUAGUGGCAGUUCAGACUACAGCGUUCGAGUCUGGCGUCUUUCCGGCGAGUACCUACAGACCCUGGGAUCCUUCCAGCCCUGGAACCUGGACGUGACCUCUGUGCCACCUGAUGUCAAGAAAGUUGCGAGCUUUACUACUAUGAAGGUCUUCCGCAGCGGAUACGUGUCGCGCUACGUGCCCGGCCAGAUCGAGAUCGACAAGCUGCGCGACAUCACGGAACGCGAGCUGCGCACGGGCACGUUCGGCGCGCCGUGCGCAGACCCGCUGCUCGGGCACCACUUCAAGCUGCCGCGCCGGCCGGAGACGCAGGCGCGGAUUGUGCUCGAUGAUUCUCUGCAGACGAUCCCGCUAUACGCGCAUCUGCGCAUGGCAUCCACCACCCCGAUACGUCGGCCGCCCACUCCGGAGCUGGUGCGCGCCACGCGCCUGCGUCGCGCCGCCGCCGCCGGCAAGAAGGCCCAUUUCGGCUCCACUUCUAUGGAGGGGCCCCAGAGGAUUAGCUCGGAAAAGCGCCCGGAAACUUGAGAAGGGUUUAUUAGAUCCUUGCGCGGGACACUUAGGUACUAAGAGCUUACUAAAUUACUCAGAGCGACAGGGAAAAUAUACAUAUACCUUGCUUUGUCCCUGUCAGCAGAAAGUGUCCGGCCACCGGGAUAGUGG